AUGAUUUGGUACUUCCUGUACCCACUCCGAGGAACAACGGAAGCUCCGGUCCUAGCACCUACUCACCCUGUUCGUCGUGCUCUGUAUCGAUAUGGAUCAUAUGCUGCCAGCCAUGUCGUCGCGACUCUUCUUGUCUCGGUAGUCGUGGCUACUAUACUGAUCUACCCCAUCCCCUACCUGUUCACAAGUGACUACGUCAAUGGCGCUUCCAAUCUACCGCACCAUGCAUGGACUGUUGCUCAGCCGCUGCCUUACGGCACAACCAUUCUCCCCGAUGUCAUGAUGCGCUCUAUUUGGGUUCACGGUAGUUACAUGCAGGCACUGAAACAAGAUUUACUUGUCUCUGCUCUGGAGUUGCAGAAUGAGCUACUAGGAAGCACCGAGAACUUUAGUCCCAUCCGGGCCCGAAAUGUUGCUCGCUCUUUGCCUGAGCCUGGCACCGAUCUUUCAACAAGUCAACGAGAUGCCUUCCAUGCCAUCAAUGGUUUGAACAAUCAGUCCUGGUUCUUUCACUCGCCACUUCAGUACUGGGAUUGCAUGGAGGAGAAUAUCCUGGCCGAUCCUGCUAUUCUGACAACCGUCAACGACAAAAAGACUCAGUCCACCUCGGUCAAUGUCACUCUUAGGCAUUCCAUCGUUUUCAGCGGGAAAAGGUUCGAAGAAAGGCGUCUCGUUGCCGCGGAUGCUCUUGUUAUCACAUUGAUCUACCUACGGGACUCGCCCGUGGGGAAACAAUGGGAGAGAAAAGCCGCUUUGCUUCCGGACAAGGUGGCUAACAAAUGGGACAUCUAUCCGCCUGAUGGUCGAUCUACCGUGAGCCAACUCUACGAAUUUCAGUUUCGUCCUAUAUCGAGCCAAGAUACGGUCAUUCUAGCUGUCGCCUAUGGGUUGACCGCCAUCUAUUUCCUCAUGAGUUUGUCCAAAUUGCGAGCCUUCAAGUCCAAGUUUGGUCUCAUCAUCACUGUCAUAUCCCAGAUCGCUUUCUCCGUCAUGUCCAGCUUUACCGUCUGCGCCAUCUUCAGACUGGAUUUGUCGCGGAUUCCCAGAGCAGCUUAUCCAUUAGUCGUCCUCUCCAUGAGUCUUGAGAACAUUUUCAGACUCAUCAACGCCGUUAUCAUUGCUCCUGCCGAAGACUCAACAAGCAAUCGUAUUGGCCAGGCUUUUGGAGAGACUGCUCAUACAGCUAUCACUAGCUCACUGCAAAAUGUCUUUCUUUUGCUGCUUCUCUCUCGCUGGGUAUCCCCCGGUGUUUCCGCUUUCUGCAUGUUUGUAGCCGUUGCGAUUGGCUUUGACCUUUUUUACCUCUCAACCUUCUUCUUGUCCGUCCUCAGCGUUGACGUCCGACGCACAGAGCUUAGUGAUGCGCUUGCAAAAGCUUCAAUACGCCAUUACCGUGGAGAAUCCGAUUUCAAGCCCCGAGGAACAUGGGACCUUGUCCUCCAAGGCAAAGCGACUCUGUCAACACGAAUAGCAGGUACUAUUAUCAUGCUUGGCUUCAUAUUUAUCGCCCAGUGGCACUUCUUUGAAGCUAUCGCGAUUGUCAACUUCUUCAAGCACUUAUAUCAAGGCCAUGGUGCGUUGGAGAAUAGCAGCUCGCCACAAACCUCGCUAGACUUAAUUCACCAAGCGAGAAGCCCGAAAUCCUGGCUGAAACUACAAGAUCAUGAGACAGCCCAGGAGAUUAUCAGCAUCAUCAAACCUACAGCCCAUAGCUACGUUGCGAGGGUCUAUGAGCCCGUUGUAUUCGUCAUGAAGGGCUCGGAUCGUAUGCUUCACUACAAGGAACCAACUCUACUCCCAGCACUUUACGACUUUAUCAAUCACCAACUCACCCGAUUCGUCGUGAUUAUUCUGGUAGUCAUUGCCGGUCUUCGAUUAUUGACAAGCUUUCUUUUGUGGGAGGACGAAGCUGACGACGAUGAUCGACACUCUGAUACUGAUCCUACAUUGGACGUCAAGUCUUUCCAUGGAGGUCAUACCCUUGAUAUAGCGAUGCUGACAGCUGCACCUGAUGGUCGAAUUGUCUCAGUUGGCCUGGACCGUGCAAUUCGGGUCUGGGACGCCAAAUCUGCCAGUCUGCACUACACAAUCGCCAAAGGUGAGGCGUCGGAGGAUGCCUCGUUUCCAGUUCUUGCCAUGACCAUCGAUGACAACUCGAAGUGGUUGGCCAUAUUGUCUCGUUACAAAAUAGCCUUAUGGAAUCUCAAAGAGAAUGCCUGGGGACCUUCGCUGUCUGUUAACCUUGAGGGCCAGAAAACAGAAGCCUUCUUCUUUGGCUCUUCCGAUCCAAAACGCGAUAUUCCUAGGCUAAUGUUGGUGCGUCGCAAUGGAACAUUGACCGAAUACAUUCCGGACGCGGGUGAAGGAGCCGAUUAUGGCAUAUGUCGAAGCCCAUUGACCUGCGUGCGGCCCUUGAUAGGGAAGCGAAGCAGGCAGGCAUCUCCAUUACUCGCCAUCAUUACCGCAUCUCGACGAGGCUGUGUUCAUGCAGCAACCAAGGAAACGCUGUCUUGGAACUCUCGAAGUGUUGAAUUGGAAGGAAUUGAACAUGACGAAGUUCAUCAAGUGGUUCCUCUCGCUUCAUUGGGUCUCUUCCUGAUCGCUGGGGCCGUCCGGGUCCAUCUUGUCAGCAUGGAAGAUUACAGUCUCGUACAUACAUUUUCGACCGAGCGGAUGACUCCGCGUUCCUUACAGAGUGCGUUCUUUAGUCGCUCGUCGUCACAGCUAGGAACUGAGGGGCUCGCCUGGAUCACUUUGUGUUAUACUAGUGCAGAGACAGGGGAUUGUGUAGUGCAGACAUUUGCCCCUCUCGAUGAUCACAACAUGAUCUAUUACCAAAAUUCCGCGACGCCAUCCAGUAGCGGAUGGUGUGCCUGGGAAUCUGCCAAGGAGACGAAGAAGCAUGUACAGAACCCCGGCUCUUGGAGUGUUUUGUCUGAUGGCAGCGUCGUGGGCAUACGGCAAAAGUCAAGUAGGGCUCUCGACAACCAUACUAACGGGCGACGGAAAACAGAAGGUCUUCGGCACCGAUCGCCACGCAAAGAACCAGGACGAGACCUCUUUGGACGCUGGGAGAUAUGGAGCGCUCCACAGAGUGGUCUUUUGAGAACUGAUGAGACACGACCACUAUUCCAGGCCAAUGAAAGGGCAGGACAUUUGAUCGUGACAGAACUCGGCCCUGUGGUUCGAGUAGGCCAGCGAUCAAUCGCCUUCAGUUUUGGUAACGUGGUGAAACUAGUUACUGUCGGCGGACACGAGCGUUUCGACAGCAGUGCGACAGACAACAAUUCCGAGCACUUGAACGUUGGAAGCAGACGUCGAAAGCCAGGGGCAUUAGUGCGACCUAGGGCUUGGAGCUAA